GUAUGAUUGAAGAAGAAUUUAUUAAACUCUUUUAGAAUAAUGAAGUUGAAUUAUAAACUAUUGAUUAAAAAUAAAUGUAUAUAGAUAUUCAUUUAUAUUUAGUGACUAGGAGAGUAUAUAAGAAUCAGCCUUAAGGAAAAUUAGAAAGAAGGAAUUGUCAAAUAUGCUGAAGGUAAAACCACAGCUUUUAAAAGUGAAAAAUAGGAUCUCAGUUGGGAUGAUCGUUAUGAGUGGCUGCUGUACUAAAAGAAUAAAGGAAAUAAGUUGUUUUAUCAGCAAUAAUAUGAUCGAGCAAUUUAAGUGUAUGAUGAAAUGGCUUUAGCGUUGGAUUUAUAGAACACAGCAGAAAGAAACGAAAUUAUGAAAUAGGAUUUCUAAUACCCUAUCAUUUUUAAUCUAGCACUUUGUUAUAAGAAAAAAAAAGAUUAUGCAAGAGCAUCUAAAUUUUAUGAUAUGGUAAAUAAAUUCAAAUAUGUAUAUAGGGAAUCAAAAUGUAUCCUAGUCCUAGGUAUAUUUUAAGGAGAGGAUAUUUUCAUUUCGAUAUUCAAGAAUAUGACAAAGUAUAAUCUGAUUUAAGUCUUGUAACAAAUAUAAAUGAGUAUCCAGAUCUUCAGGAAGAUUAUUAUGAUCUCAAAUAGAAAUUGAAUGAAGCACUAAAAAAGGAUAAAGAAUUAUAUUAAAGAAUGUUUUAAUAAAAUUCAUAAUCUGAUGAUGAAUAAUAAACUAAACUCUCCAAAUUAGAUUAAUUGUAUGAGUGGUGUAAAAAUCAAUUUUCUCGCAUCUUUGGAUGUAGAAGAUUGUUUGAAGAUGAUGAAUCAGAUGAUGAUGAUGAAUCAGAUCCUAAGAAAUUUUUAGAGAAUAAAUGA